UCGCUCUUCGUGUGAUCCGGCGCUCAGUGCAAAUUCCGAUUAUAUAUAUAAAUUCUUAUAAGCUGUGAAACCAAUUGAAUCCGUACCGUCGUCACCGUAUCAUUGCAACGACGGAGUAGUGAAGCAAGCGUGUCUGAAGUCGGAUCGAUCUUCGAGACGAUCUUUGACUUUUUUUUUCCCUUCGUUUCUUGAAACGAUAUCCGUGCAAAAUGAUGCACACCAUGAGCGAGCACACCGGUGGCACCGGGGGAUUGGGUGUCAGCGUGCUGCCGUUCGACGGGAUGGGACUGUUCGAGCAACAACGGCCCAGAUUCCUGUUCAAGAUGCCCAAGGUGGUGCCCAAUCAAAAGGCCAAGUUCGAGACGGAGGAGUUGUUUAGGAGACUGAGUCGCGAGAGCGAGGUCAGAUACACUGGUUACCGAGACAGACCAGUCGAGGAACGCCAAGUGCGCUUUCAAAAUGGUUGCCGGGAAGGGUAUACGGAGAUCGCGUUUGCCGCGACGGGGACCAAUCUCCAACUCGUUUUCGGCAAUGCAUCCGGAAAUUACGGCGGCGAUAUCAACGAUUGCGAUUUCGAAAAGGAGCGUGGCAAGGUGCACCUGAGAUCUCGGCUGAUCAUGAACGGCGUGUGCGUGAUGUGGCGCGGAUGGAUCGAUCUUGAGAGGUUGGACGGCGUCGGUUGUCUCGAGUAUGACGAGAAACGCGCCGCCGAAGAAGACGCCCUCCUCCGCGACCAACUUGAGCGUUACAACCAGCGCGUGCGCGAUUUCGAUGAGAAGCAGAGGGCGUACAGGAGCUCGGCCGGCCAGCCGCCUCACCUCAACCAUCAUCACCACCAUCACCACCACCACGGUCACCACGGCCAUCACGUGACCGGAGCCGCGGCCGGGGCGACGGGAGCGAUCGAGGCGACCCACCUCACCCACCGCCAAGAUCCGGAGAUGGAGGUGAGAUUGAGGGCUUACUGAGGCAGCGAGAAGGUAGCCA